AUGGUUAACCUAAAUUCAAUUCCAUCAAAAAAUAGGCGUAACUAUUAUUUGGCGUUGGGUUUAGAAGGAUCUGCAAAUAAACUUGGGGUUGGGGUGAUUAAACAUCCCAUUUUAGCGCAGCAUAAUGAUAGUGAUCUAUCCCAUGAUUGUCACACUGAAAUACUGUCCAAUAUUAGAGAUACCUAUAUUACACCACCAGGUGAGGGAUUUCUUCCAAGAGAUACUGCUAGACAUCAUAGAAACUGGGUUGUCAGAAUUGUACGUCGUGCGCUAGAUGAGGCCAAUGUUAAAGAUCCAAAAGAACUAGAUGUUAUAUGCUUUACUAGAGGACCAGGGAUGGGUGCUCCACUUCAUUCUGUUGUAAUAGCGGCACGUACAAUGUCUUUACUGUGGGACGUACCUCUAAUAGGUGUCAAUCACUGUGUGGCUCAUAUUGAAAUGGGCAGAGAAAUUACUAAAGCUGAAAAUCCAAUUGUAUUAUAUGUCAGCGGAGGAAAUACACAAGUUAUCGCAUACUCUGAAAACAGGUAUAGAAUUUUUGGCGAGACGUUAGAUAUAGCAAUCGGAAACUGUUUGGACAGAUUUGCCAGAACAUUAAAAAUCCCGAAUGCUCCGUCCCCAGGAUACAACAUCGAGCAAUUGGCAAAAAAGUGCCUUAAUAAAGACCGAUUAGUAGAGCUUCCAUACACUGUAAAGGGUAUGGAUCUUUCUAUGAGUGGGAUUUUGGCAUACAUAGAAUCUUUGGCAAAGGAUCUUUUCAAAGAAAAUAAAAAGAAUAAGAUUUUAUUCGAUAGAGCUACCGGCGAGCAACUGGUAACAGUAGAGGACUUAUGCUAUUCAUUACAAGAAAAUCUAUUUGCAAUGCUAGUCGAAAUUACGGAGCGCGCAAUGGCACAUGUAAACUCAAACCAGGUCCUAAUUGUGGGUGGGGUAGGUUCUAACGUCAGAUUACAGGAGAUAAUGGCAGCUAUGUGCAAAGAUCGCUCUGAUGGUCAAGUCCAUGCUACUGAUGAAAGGUUUUGUAUAGAUAAUGGUGUUAUGAUUGCCCAAGCAGGUUUGCUAGAGUACAGAAUGGGUAACAAAGUAAUGGACUUCUCAGAAACAGUUGUAACGCAACGUUUCAGAACCGACGAAGUCUACGUAUCAUGGAGAGAAUGA